GUUACGUAGUCCAAUAAAGAUUACUGUAAAAUCUGUGGUUUUAAUAAGAAUUCAGAAACAUGUGAUUUUGUGUUGCUGUCAAGUGAAAAAAAAACAAAGUCAGUAACAAAUAUGACCUCUGAAAAGAAUCACCUAUAUCAAAAUGUACGAGAUAUACUACAAAAAAUUUCUCAGCAAGAGGGUUUUAUAAAGCCACAAAUAGAGUGUAGUGGGAAAAUUGGCAAGGGUCAAGGUUUUAUGGGAGACGUUUUUUAUGUAAAUAUAACAGACGAAAACAGUAGCAGACACUUGAAGCUAGUUGUAAAGCAGUCUACGAGUUCGGAAUAUGUCAGAAAAAACUUUCCUGUGAAGGUGAUUUGCUUUAAUGAAAGUUACUUUUACAAACAAAUCUGGCCUAAAUUUGUCGAGCUCCAAUUGAAUCAUUUACAAAGUAUAAUCUUCAAUAACAUAGCCAAGUGUUACGAGACUGACCUAGAUGAAGGAAAGGAAAGCUUUGUAUUAGAAAAUCUGAAUGCUAUGGGUUACUUCGUUUUAAAAAAGGAUCAAUUUUUUGACAGAAAUCAAGUAGAAAGUGUAUUGAAAAAAUACGGACAAUUUCACGGACUCUCCUUUGCUUAUAAAUCAAAACAUUUUGAGGAAUUUCAAACAUUAUCAAAAGAACUAAUACCAUGCUGGAAAAUGAUGUCGGAGGCAGAGUUGUUUAAAUUUGUUAUGGAAAAAGGUUUGAAGGAUUGCUUAACAUACUUAGAUUAUAAAAAACAAAGAAACAUCAUUACAAAAUUGGAAGGUAUUUUAGAAAAUGUUGUUCAGGUAUUUCAAAACUCUACAACGUACCGUGGGAAAUACGGAGUAAUCGUGCAAGGAGACUGUUGGAGCAACAAUGUUUUAUUUAAAUGCAAAGAAAACAGUAAAUUAGAAGACCUGAAACUGAUCGAUUUCCAAAUGUCUAAUGUCAGCACAGUAGUGAAUGAUUUAUCAUACUGUCUUUAUGCAGGUGGAACUAAAGAAAUAUUCGACGACUUAGAUCGUUACCUGCGAAUUUACCACGAAAGCCUGGUUGACACCUGUUCCAGAUUUGAUUGUAAGGAUUUCAUAUCUUUUGAAAAUUUGAAAACGGAGUGGAAGGAGUAUAGCAAAUUCGGUUUCAUACUUGGUUUGUCUUUGAUCCGUACCAAAUUAUCGGAGGAUAUGGAUCAGGAAGAAAUGGCUCAAAUGAGUAAAACAGAAGAAGACCAAGAAAAAGUUCCAAAUGAAAAUAGUGAGAAAAUUAAACAAAAAUGUUUAGAAUUGGUUUUACAUAUGUAUGAAAACGGCUUCUUGUAAUAAGUUGUCAAUAAAAGUAUUUUGUUCAAUGCUCCAUA